UGCUUGUGCGCACAGGAAGAGGUGGCGCUGUAUGUCCGGAUGAACGGUGUGCUGUGUUUUACUGUGCGCAGCCGGAGAACUGUACCCACGGGUGGGCACGCACAUACACCGCUCACGACCUCUAUACACAACGUGGGCACUGACGGUCAGGAUUAUAGCCACAGGAUCCAUGUAGUGGCACAGCCUGAGGCACAAGAUGGCGGAUUUGACGCUACUGCCAGAAGAUGUGCAGGAAGAGAUAGAUGGAUUUGGUGUGGAUGACUGCAGCUCAGAGUCUGAUGUGAUUAUUAUACCUUCAGCCCUGGACUAUGUCUCGCAAGAUGAAAUGUUAACCCCACUUGGGAAACUGGACAAGUACGCUGCAAGUGAAAACAUAUUUAAUAGACAAAUGGUUGCCAGAAGUCUACUCGAGACGCUGAAAGAAGUCAGCGAUGAUGAAAAGGAUUGUAUAGCAGUUUUAGAAAGAGUAACACGGUUGUCAGAAGAUUCAGAACCAACUGUGCGAGCAGAACUCAUGGAACAGGUGCCUCAUCUUGCGAUGUUCUGUCAAGAAAACAGGCCUUCUAUCCCUCAUGCUUUCUCCAAAUACCUAUUGCCUAUUGUAGUCCGAUACCUUGCUGACCAGAAUAACCAGGUCAGAAAGACAAGUCAAGCAGCUUUGCUGGUGCUACUCGAGCAGGAGCUUAUUGAAAGAUCUGAUGUAGAGAGUAAAGUGUGUCCAGUGCUCAUUGACCUGACUGCUCCUGACAGCAAUGAUGAUGUGAAGACAGAAGCAGUUGCUGUUUGUGCCGCAAACUUUGGAGAUAUUUGUAGUGUUGUGGGACAGGAGGCAACUGAGAAAAUGCUGUUGCCUAGGUUUUUUCAGCUAUGUUCAGAUAAUGUCUGGGGAGUGCGGAAAGCCUGUGCUGAAUGUUUUAUGGCGGUAUCCUGUGCCACAUCUCAAGAACUUCGUCGCACAAAGCUGUCUGCUCUUUUUAUUAAUCUUAUCAGUGACCCUUCUAGAUGGGUUCGCCAAGCUGCCUUUCAAUCAUUAGGGCCUUUUAUAUCUACAUUUGCAAACCCAUCCAGUUCUGGUCAGUUUUUCAAAGAAGAAGAAGAAGGUAAAGAGACAGAGGAGGAAAAACCAAGUGAGGACUGCCCAAGGAUAACUGAUCAAAACCUUACACAAGAGAAAGUAAAUACUGAAGAAAAUUUAGCAGAAGACCUCACUACAGACCGUAGCCUUGUUAAUUUUACUGUGACAUUAGAAACUAACCUUGAACAUGUAACAGUAUCAGAACUACCCAGGGACAGUAAUCAGCAACCAGACUUUCUUUCCCAUUGCACUUUACCUUUGGCAUCACCAGCAUGCUCCAGUGAAUCGGGACAGAGCCCACAAGAUACAAUAUUACAUGAGAGUCCUCCUCCUGAACAAGAGCUCUACAACUCAUUCCAUUUCUGGAGAACGCCAAUACCAGAAAUUGAUAUUGAGCUCGAACUGCAACACUCACAAGCUGAAUCACUCAGCCUUGACAAUCAACAUGUUCCUCAGAAGACCACAUCCCCUGGCUCUCCUAAUAUUGCCAUGGCCACAAGGAAGGAGCUGGAAGAAAUGUUAGAAAAUCUUGAACCUCAUAUAGAUGAUCCUGAUGUCAAAGCACAAGUUGAUGUUCUCACAGCAGCGCUUAAAGCAUCUAGCCUACAUACUCAGGAAGAAACCAAACCUUCUCACUUGAACAGAGAGAUUGUGUACCGCAAUGACUUCAUUGAAGGAGGGCUGAUAAACUGUAAGAUCUCCCGUGAAGGCUCUGCACCUCUGAUCAGUGAUUCUAUUGAGUUACAGUGCAUGGAGUCCACUCUGCGGUACAUCCAUAAUGAUUCCUCCUUCGGUAGCAAUAGCAGCUUAUACCCAGAAGAGGGAAAGAAAUCCAAAGUGCAGGAUGUUGUACCUCAAGCCUUAUUAGAUCAGUAUUUAUCAAUGACUGAUCCAUCCCGUGCUCAGACUGUAGACACAGAGAUAGCCAAGCAUUGUGCCUAUAGCAUUCCAGGAGUUGCUCUCACUCUGGGAAGACAGAACUGGCACUGUCUCAGGGACACGUAUGAGACUCUAGCAGCAGACAUGCAGUGGAAAGUUAGAAGAACACUUGCUUUUUCCAUUCAUGAACUCGCAUUGAUUCUUGGAGAUUCUCUGACUGCUGAUGAUUUGUUGCCUAUCUUCAAUGGAUUUCUGAAAGAUCUUGAUGAAGUUAGAAUAGGUGUGCUAAAGCACCUGUAUGACUUUCUUAAGCUUCUUCAGCAAGACAAAAGGAGAGAGUAUCUUUAUCAGCUGCAGGAAUUUUUAGUGACCGAUAACUGCAGGAAUUGGCGCUUCCGAGCAGAGUUAGCUGAGUAUGUAUUUAUUUCACUUUUCACUUUAGUGUAA